GUCCCAACAGACGACAAAGGUGAAAAGAAAGGUUCAAAGCUCUCUUCCGCGAUUCCGGCAGGUGAGUGGGGAGGCCCCCUCCGGUGUGCAUACUUCCUUCCGUUUCCGUUUGCUGCGAGGUGGUAGGUAUACGUGUGUACUUAGCCAGUGCGUCGCGCAUGAGGUAACCCCGAGCGCGCGCACCGCAGGAAACUCGAACACGAAUUUCAUUCUCUGGCAUAGUGUAGCACCGCCGGCAUUCCGACGCGGACUCUGCCUCUGUGUCGGUCGAUCUUGAUGUGCGGCACGUGAGCUGUGCGCGAUUAUCAGAAGAAACGAUGCGAGUUUCGAGGCUUUGGUGAGGACAAUUUGAAGUUUGAAAAGGAGCGUCGGGAAUAUCGAUGAUGCAGGGCAAGACGAGACUGGGCCUUUCCAAGGCCUUCAUGUGCUGCUCCAACAUUAUUUUUCUUAUGUCGGGCUUCGUGCUGAUGUCACUCGGCGCACUUUUGCUGGCCGACAGCGACAGGGUUUUGCUGUCGCGAUUGCUAGGCUCGAGCGACAUUCAUCCAGAGCAGCCGCUUUUCUACUACGUAUCUUUGCUCGUCGUAGGCAUUGGAUUCGUUAUCGCCAUCACAGGGAUACUCGGAUGCUGGGCCUCCUGUCUUUACAACUGCUGCAUCACCGUUUCUUACGUGAGCGUGAUCGUGUUGCUGCUGAUCGGCAAGUGCUCGCUGUGUGUGCUCGUGGUAUUCUGGCCGCACCUGCUGGGGGUCGACGUCAGGGCUCCUCGACUACUUCGGGCCCUGCAACGUAGCUACGCUUUGCCUGGACGGGAACAGUUCACCGCUGCCAUUGAUCUCGCCCAGACUUCUUUCUCCUGCUGCGGCAUUAACUCCAGCAGUAAUUACGGAACAUCAUGGUGGCGGCUGCAGGAGUUGGGUAGGCGCGAGUUGGUCGUGCCGCUGAGCUGUUGUUUUCUCAACAAUUCUUUUGAUCCCGACGGCUUUCUCAAUCCGGAACCGAGGAACCUCACCCUGUGCCAGUCGCUCAAUCCUGUCGAGCAUCAGCACGCACGGCACUCUUCCGGCUGCUUGGAAAUGAUCGAGAGUUGGGUACAAGACCAAGCACUGAUUAUGCUAGCGAUAGGCCUGGGCGUCGUUCUGAUAGAGCUUUGCGCUCUGCUGAGCACACUACUGGCCUGCUCGAGGCUCAAGAAACAGAAGCACAGGAAGAAGAAGCAGGCGCAGACGUCCACCUUCACCUCUACCCAGACUCUCAGCCCCUUCAACGAGAACGAUCACGAUUACGGAAUGGGUUGCGGAAACAUGGAGCACCGACUAUCGAUGUCAACCGGCAGCACGUUCGCCGGAAAGUCUUGAAGGUGGCUCGAGGGCAGCGAGAACAUCAAUACCACCACCCUAUCCCCCCAACAACAAUAUCAUUAUUACAAUAGCAAUAUUCAAGCAAAAGAACAAUCUGCGAAGCAUUGGGGCAACCCGAUCGACGUGCCCGAGGAUGCUAACAACAACAUCAACCACGUCCAGACCGAGAGAUACUACUACCCUCGAAACCAGGAUUCAGCACAACCGGAGCGCGACGAGAACGAGCGAGCGAUCUUGAUAAAAACGUUUCGCUUGCCGACCAAGAGCAGGUUCGCCAGCAGUAGAUCCAGGAAAAAGGCCAUGAGCAUUUCGACCCUGAAAUCGACGCAACAGCGAAGACGACGCAGGAGAAGAAGGCAGCUCGACCUCAACGUCAGCACGGAUUGCAGCCUAGAGGGUAACUACAACUUUAUCGAGAACUCGUCAGGUUUUCACUCGACGUACAGAUCGCUAUCGAGAAAACCGAUAGCGCUGAGCGAAGACAAAAAGACAGCGACGUUGAAGGCUGUGGAGAAAUCCGGGCUGGUAAACACAAAAAUCAGCGUCUACGAGAAGAACCUGGGUAGCCCCGGAGACGAGUACAGGCAUUUGCGUGACAGCGGCAGGAACAAGGCGGUGCUUGGUGUGCCCCUUGUGGGAAUGCAGCAUAGUACUACUUCACCCGUUGCUAAUGGAAACUCAGCCGUCCCUAUCCUAUCGUCUUCACGAAGUAAAGAAAGGGAUGGCACUUCGAGCUACAAGAGGCGAGCCCCGCAGGCACCGAUCAAAGAACCCGUUCACAGCCUGAGAAAAUCUACCGUUCCGUAUCCGCCAAAAUUCGCCAAGAACCCGUAUUUGACUAGUAGGAGGUUCGAGAGAGAUUUAUUCCAAGCGAAAGCCGAAGCGAUGCAUCAGACUCAUCCAGUUUUUGUGAGCCUCCGGGGCAGCACCGGUGCCGGGAAAAGAAAGACGCUUUACGCGAAGGAUACCGAUGGCGAGGAGGCUGUAAGAGUGCUGACCAGUCUGUGUCUGAAUCCACUAGCACGCAAUAGCAAGAGGGCUUCAUUUAUGAUGUGGUAAAUUGCGCUGGUAGUUGUGUAGUUGUUCGUUUGGAAAGAAUUUUACAAUCUCGCUGCCCUUAAAUUAACGUAUAGAUUAAUAUUGAAAAUGUGAGAGACUGAUGAAUAGUUUUAACGUUUUGCGUGUAUAUAAUAUUAUACAAUAAGAACAUAUUUAGUACGCUUGAUUGUGUAUGAAAAUAUUCAAUUAAUUCUUCGUUUCUUCUGUUAUACUUCUAUACUGCAUACGAAACGUUCCAUUAUUUUAUUGUGACUAAAAAUGAAAAUUAUGGUUGCUCACUCAUUUAACUGAAAAUUGAUCCAUUUUCUAUUUCUAGUAUCUAUUUUACGUAAAAUUUAUUUGUUUAAUGUUGCUUCAAUUCGUUUUCCACCUUAUCGAAAGCUUGAGAUUUACAAUUUAUAAUCACGCGUCGAUGCCUUUUUUAAAAUAAUUAACAAGGCUUGUUAAUAUUUUACAUUUUCAGAAUAUUAAUUCUUAUAAUACUUUUCUAGUAAUAGCGUUCAUUCAGCGUCCUAUUGCCUUUUAUAAUAUAUCAUUAUAUUAUAGUACUUGUUGAAUCCUUGAUGUAUAUUUUUUUUCUAGCUCUUUUAUCUUAUGUAUUAUCUAGAGAGAACAUUCGUGUAAAUUGCAUUAGUAAAAUGCAAUGAUACUAUAUUACCUGAAAGCGAAAUUAGAAUUAUAAUUAGAAAUUAGAAUAAAAGUGCGAAAUAAAAAUGUAUGUUCAACUAAAA